UCCACUAACUUUGGCUCUUGAGAAAUAGUUGUGGAUCGCUCUAAUAAGCUGUUUCAACGUUCUCAAAACAAAUUUUAUUGAGACUAUUUUUCUUUUCACUGUUUCAUGCACAUAGUCCAUGCAUGCGCACACAUAAGUGACAAUGGUUUCAAAUGCAUAUAUUUUAGGGGUUUUGUGCUUUUGCUCAAUAUGGAUAGGCUCGCAAGCUCAGUUGGAUAGACCCAGAUUUAAAGAAUGUCCUGUGGAUUUGUUCUUUGUACUGGAUACCUCUGAGAGUGUUGCACUUCGGGCAAAGCCCCCAGAUUUCUACAUCGACCAGAUCAAGGCCUUCACCAAGACCUUCAUUGAUGAGCUGAAAGACAUGCGUCAACCAUGUGACCGAUACUUGAUUUGGAACUCAGGAGCACUGCACUACAGUGACGACAUCGUGAUGGUCCAUGAGCUGAGUGACUUGAAUGCUGAACGCAACACGCUAAAGCAGAAUGUAGACAUGAUCACUUACAUAGGAAAGGGCACCUACACCGAUUGCGCCAUCAAGCGGGGCGUAGCAGAACUGCUGGGCGGGGGCUCGCAUUAUCAUGAGAACAAGUACAUUGUGGUGGUGACAGAUGGACACCCUGUCACAGGCUACAAGGAGCCCUGUGGGGGUCUGCAGGAUGCCGCCAAUGAAGCCAGACAGCAUGGAGUCAAAGUUUUUUCUGUUGCAAUCUCACCAGAUGAGGAGGAAGCCAGGCUAUCUGUAAUAGCCACGAACCAGAACUACAGACAAAAUUUCACAGCUGCAGACAAGGAGAGGACCUCCCAGCUCCAAACUAUCCAUACCAUUGUAAACUUGAUUCUCAAUGAGACAAAAGAUGUGUGUUGUUCCUUUGACUGCCCAGACAAAACUGGGGUAAGGGGGCCUCAUGGCGACCCUGGAUCCAAGGGUGAGGCUGGUAGGCCAGGGAUGCCAGGAGAGAAGGGAGACAUCGGAGAAGAGGGCAGACCAGGUGACUCAGGACCUGUGGGCUACCAGGGUAUGAAGGGAGACAAAGGAAUCAGAGGUUACAAGGGAGAGAGGGGUCACAAAGGAUACAAGGGAGACAAAGGACUAAGAGGGAUUGAUGGGAUAGAUGGACGCAAGGGUGACCCUGGUUAUUCGGGCCUGUCUGGCUGUAAAGGAUCCCCUGGGCCAGAUGGAUUGGUGGGAGAAUCAGGUCCAAAAGGAGACCCAGGGUCAUAUGGCACCAAAGGAGAAAAAGGAGACCCUGGAAAAGAUGGUGAACCAGGAAGACCUGGCAAUUAUGGUCCACUUGGGCUCAGGGGAGACAGAGGACCACCAGGUGCUAAUGGAGACAAAGGAGAGAGGGGUGAUGAUGGUGCCCCAGGCUCAGAUGGAUCCCGAGGGGAAAGGGGAAAAGGCGGGGAGAGGGGCGAACAAGGUUCCCGUGGAAACCGAGGGCCCAGGGGAGCGGCUGGUGAGCCAGGACCACGAGGUGAACAGGGUCGGGAGGGGUCGACAGGGCCCAAUGGAGACCCGGGCGAGCCAGGCCGGCCGGGAGGGUUGGGAUUCCGAGGCGACGAGGGACCCGUAGGACCAGAGGGACAAAAAGGACCAAGGGGAAUUCAAGGUGGUCCAGGAGACAGGGGUGCGAUGGGUGAGAGGGGUCCAGAUGGUGUUCAAGGAAAUGGAACUGAAGGAUGUCAUGGCUUCCAGGGUUAUCCAGGUCCAAGAGGAGACCCAGGAGAGCCGGGAGCAAGUGGUAGCCCUGGACCCAAAGGAGAUGACGGAGAGGCUGGUGACCCUGGGCUGGAUAAUGACCAGCCUGGAAGUCCUGGCCCUAAGGGGGCGAAGGGCCACCGGGGACCAGAGGGCAAAUCUGGACCCCCUGGACCACCUGGCCCUGCCGGUGCUGAUGAAUGCGAGAUACUUGAUAUUAUCAUGAAAAUGUGCUCUUGUUGUGAAUGCAAAUGUGGCCCACUGGACAUUGCAUUUGUUGUUGACAGCUCUGAGAGUAUUGGAAGAUCUAACUUCGAAAUAGCCAAGGACUUUAUCAUUUCUGUUAUUGACAGACUGGUGACGAGCCAGCAAAUUAAGUUUGGCGUCAAUGACUCACGAGUGGGUGUGGUGCAGUACAGUGGGGAGAAGGCCCAGGAAGUGGUCCAGCUUGGUGACAACAACAUACAGAACCUCACAGAGCUAAAACAAGCUGUGAAGGACUUCAGGUGGCUUGCUGAGGCAACCUACACUGGUGAAGCUCUGCAGUAUUCCCUGGACAACAUGAUUAAGAAUCUUAAGAAAGAAAGAAGUGUGGUACUGGUCUUAACAGAUGGUCGAUCGGACAUCACCAGAGAUGACGUGCCACUCGACGUGCUGUGCAAGGAAGGCAUCAGGGUCGGUGGCCUGGGAAUUAAAGACUAUAGUGGUAGGUUCCCCAAUGAGGAACAGCUUGGGGACAUUGUUUGUAAGAGUAACCCUAAACCAGGGUUCCUCUUCCUUCUGGAUAACUUUGCUGAGCUUCUUGAGGAGUCCUUCCUGCAAAACCUGACAGCAAGCAUUUGUCAAGAUAAGAAGUGCCCCAAUUACAAAUGUCCAAUUUCAUUCAGUACCGAUACUGACAUUACCAUCAUGAUGGACAGCUCAGCCAGUGUCGGCAGUAAAAACUUUGAGGCGACCCGCACGUUCGUGAAGCGGUUGGCCGAAAGCUUCCUGAGAGCUGAGCAGGUGGGCCCCGUGGAGGUUCGCGUCGCUGUGGGGCAGUACAGCAAAGAGGCCAACAUGGAGGCAGACUUCACAGACGACUACCACGCUGUCGCUAAACAGAUCGACGGCAUCGUCUUCCAGAACUCGGUGACGGACGUGACGGGUGCCCUCAGCUUCGUCAUCGAGAAGUUCAAGAGCAGCGGCAAUAAGAAGAAGAAGCUGCUUCUGUUUUCAGAUGCCCGCUCCCAGGGCGUGACCGAGAACGACAUCCAGACGAGGGUGCGGGAGGUCCAGGCAGCCGGCAUCGAGCUGUACGUGCUGGCUGUAGGCAGCCAGGUGAACGAGUCCAACCUGCGUUACCUGGUCAGCCAGGGGCGCACGUAUGAUGUCACGUAUGCACAGCGUCACCUCUUCAGGGCUGUCGACUACCCCUCUUUGCUCAGAGGCGUCUUUCACCAAACUGUGGCCAGAAAGGUCUCUCUGGCCUGACAGGUGGAGGGUCAGUUGGCCCAAAGGAGGGAGGGGGUGGUCAGAAACAAGGGUUAAAAAGACCAGCAGAAUACAAGCUUUUUUCUGAUGCGUAUGUUAAUUUAGGACCCUAGAACAUUUGUUUAAUAAUCACAUUUUCUUUGAAUGAGAGGAUAUGAUUGUUUAUUGAGUAAAAAAAGAACACCUGCAGUUCAUAUGUUUGUGGAUCAUGAAAUGAGUGAAAAGAAUAUGUUAAACUGAAAUAAACAAUGGCGCAACACAGCCUGGUUUAGUGGUGGUGUAUUCUCAUAUUGUAGCCUGCAGGACCUUUCGUCUUGUUUAUAGAGUGUCCUGAUUGAGCGUCUCUUGGUGUGGAAACAUGCAUCCAUUCCAAAUGUGGGCGCAUUGGAGCUGCUGUUUAAAAAGACCAUGGGAAGGGUCAGAGGUCAUAAAUCUGCCCUUUCUAUUUGCUUACUAUUCAUUUCUGGCCAGAGAUGAGACGGCUCAUAGGCUUGAAGCCAAAAACUAACAACUGAACCAUAAAAGGACAUGUCCUUAAAGUCUGCAUUAAACCUUUUUUUCUCUCAUCUCAAUCCACAGUGUUAGCUUGCUGAAGAGUCAUAUCUCCCAAUACAGAUGUUUUUGGCACUAAAUAUUUACCAUUUUCUCCUCAUUUACUGCUGUAAAUUUCACAUUGUCCAAACAGCAAGAUAACAUUCCUACAUCAUCUUGUGUUCCUGACAUUUAAUGACAUUUCUAUAUAUCAGUGGUGCUAUAAGUCUUAGGCUUUCCUGGUAUAUUUUUAAUGAAUGGAGUAUACAUUGCUAGAAACUCUCUCCAAAUCUGGAGCUACCACAAAAUCUGUGUAUAGAUUUACAUCUCAGCAAUGCAUUGGAAUCAAGUGCAGCCUUUCGGCUGCUGUAAGGUUACGAUCCAUCAAUAAAGAAUAAAGAUUGCUUCACCAACUACAA